UGCUCAGCUGAUGCCAAAUGCAGACGACAGUUAUCGCCGCGGCCUAUUUCGUUUUUUCUUGAAUAUUAUAAGACUGUGUCACAAAGAAGUUCAAUUUUACACAGAUUUACUUCUUUAUCACAAUGGUUGCACACUUUGUUGCUCUUUUCUUUACAGGAUUCAUCGUUUAUACCGCCGCACCCGGCUCGAGCUUGUUUUCAUGGCAUCCGACACUGAUGGCCAUUGCAUUCCUGCUGCUGAUGUUCGAGGGCUUAUUGGUGUUUUCUCCAAUCAGCUCCUUUGUUCCGAGACAAUCCAGAGCCACAAAGGUCACACUUCACUGGAUGUUGCAGGUUACCUCCCUUACCUGUGCUAUUGGAGGAUUUGCAGCGAUCUACUACAAUAAAGAAAUAAACAACAAAGAACAUUUCACAUCAUGGCAUGGCCUUAUUGGUUUGUCAGCCGUUGGGUAUUCUUGUAUGCAGAUGCUGGGUGGAUCUGUGUUGAAAUACCCUGCCCUUGCUAGCAUCCUAAGAAUAAAAUUAAGACUGGCAGAUCUGAAAAUUGUCCAUGCUACAUCGGGAUUAGUGUCCUUCAUUCUUGUGUGUACAAGUUUUAUGCUUGCUAUGUUUUCUACCUGGUUCUGUAAGAAUGUGACUGGGACAACAUGGUAUGCUUGUCUUGGCUGUAUUUCAUGUAUCUUGUUCAUCAUCAUGAAUCAGAUCACCAGUGCAUAUUUGCCAAAAGUUAAAUCGAGGAAGAGAAUAACACAAUGAAAGAACAAUAUCUUGUCACCAUUUUUGCUUAUGACAUUAUCAUGAGGUGUAAUUUUCUUGUUUCAGUAUUGUACACAUUUUUUCGAUGUAUGACUAUUUUAGUGUAAAUUUCAAGUAAGGACUAAACCUCUGAUGUGCCGUUUCAUUAAUUACUUUGAGCAACUUGGAUUUCAUUCCUAACUGUAUUAUGUCUAUUUGAAAUUCAUUGAAGAAUGCUUAUGUGUUAUUAUUUUGAACAAUUCACACUUGUAGAUUUCUUUUCCUUUUGUUUUGCAUGUCUUGAUAAAACUAUUUUGUAAACCUUCAUAUAACAUUGAAUAAGGGUCAUGUGAAGUUUUAUUAGUGCCAAUUUCAAUGUGUUAUAUGAGACACAAUUAAAUAUAUUACCAACUUAUUAUUAAUUGAUUGAUGCUGUGUUAUUUUCAUAAAAAAUUGAAAUAGCCAUGGCCUUUACAGUCACUUUUAGGCACUAGUAUGAAGGGGGCACGGGUGGCCCAGUCGUCUAAGGCGCCGCGAUUCGCUGUGCAGAGUUGCGUCCCUUGGGCACGCCAGAAAGCUAUGAUUGUGGGUUCGAAUCCCGGUUCGCCCCGAUUAUGUUU